AAUCAUUGAUAUUAGAAGUUGCAGUCAUGGAGGUGGUGGUAGUAUUGAACUAAGGUCAGUAAAGGAAGGUGAUCUGUUGAGAGGAAAUGUUGGGCUGAAUGCCUCGUGUGGAGUAAAAGGUAAAUGUGAAGGAAGAGGUGACCUAUUUGAUUUAGAAUUAUUGGUAGUAGGAGAUGAUAAUUCAUUUGAAGGCGUAGUAGGUGAAGUGCUGCUUGUUGGUGAUAGGGAAGAAGCCGGUGAUAAUGCAGUCGGAGUUGUAGAGUUAUCAGAGAAUGGCGGAGGUGGUUCUAAUGAAGCCAUUGAAAAGUUUAAAAUAACAAGAUCUGAUCAAAAUUCUGUCAUAAGUACUUAUACUGGUGGUAGGCGGAUCCACAAUCACGGAGGCGACAAAGAAACAGAUACUAACACAAUCAAGCCAAUGACAAAAGGUACAAUGUGA